UUAUUUCUAUAAAUUUCAGGGUGUGAAAGCAGUCAUCGCCGAGAGUUACGAGAGGAUUCACCGCAGUAACCUUGUUGGUAUGGGUAUCAUACCAUUCCAGUAUUUGGACGGCCAGAAUGCCACCAGUCUCGGUCUGUCCGGUAAAGAAACUAUCACUGUUGAUUUACCACAGAAUUUACAACCAGGUCAAACUGUAGAGGUUAAGGUGUCAGGUGACAAGACAUUCCAAGUGAAAACUCGGUUCGACACGGAGGUAGAGCUUGUGUAUUUCAGAAAUGGAGGCAUCCUCAACUACAUGGUUCGAAAAAUCCUAAACGCUUAGAAAACUUUUCCGGUGCUAAAUCAAAAUUAUUGUACUACAUAUACCAAAUGGAGUCAUGGUUACAUACUAUUUUGUCACUUUAGUGCAAUAACGGAUUUACACCUAUUUAUAGGAAUGAACACGUUAUUGCACUAAGGUGACAAAUUAUCAGUUGCAUGUAUAUCAGCGGAAACUGUAAUAGAACUAGCUCAUCAUUUUUCGCACAUAAUCAGUGAGAUUGGAUUGAUAUUUUCGUUACUUGUAUUAGAUUUAUAUAAUUGUUGUACAUCAUGAAUGAUGUUGUAUUUUGUAACUUGUAUACAUGUUAAUGGUAUUAGAUAUGUAACUGGUUGACUGUAUAAAUGGUGUAAAAUUGAACGGUGGUAUACCUAAUAACUUGUAUUAUAUUUAUUAUUUGUAUACCAUAUAAUUGCUAAUAGUAUAUUUGUGAUUGGUAGAUCUGGUUAACUAUUUGAAUGGUGAAAUAUUUUGUUAACUGUACAAGUGAGUUAUAGUUGGUAAACCUUGUUAAUGCUUUAGCUUUAAAGAUCCUGUAACACAUUUUUUAUGGUUUUAUUUCAUAAAUAUGAUGCUCAAAUUAAGAUUUCUCAUUGCAAGUUCCAAUAAGCAUUAUUUAUAAAGAUAUUAUCAAAUUUAACAUUUCAUGUAAAUAAAGGGAGGUAAUCUAUUUUCUACAUAUUUUAAGUCAAAUUUUCCAACAAGAAAUGAAUGGAUAUAGUUUAUUUAUUACAUAUAAUAUGCACAAACAUUUGAAGUACAUAUUUUACAUAUUCUUCUAUGUUUAAAAAUUGUUUUAUUUGCAUAAUUAUAUACAUAUAUUAUUUCUUGUAAGUGUGGUACACACACAAUAACAAUAUCAAUCACAAAACAUACAGGAUCUUUAAGAAAUACUAUAGAAGUCAUUUGAAGAAAAAGUCGAGAUAAUGUGAUCACUUGCUUGUUGUCAUCAAUCUAUGUGUACUGUUGGAAUGUUUGCUGGGCAGUAGUUUUACAAGGGACAUUAUUGUGAAAGCUUAUAUUUUCUGAGUAAUGCCCCUUUUUUAAGUUUCGAAUUUUAUUUUCAAUGCUCUUGUCAUAACAAUGUGAUUACUGGUACAAUUACUGGAAAUUUUCUUCUCUGUAACAGAUGUAUUACUUUAUUGAUAACUGAUUAGAUUAUUGUGUUUGUGGUUGCUGUGCUGUGCUGUACAGCCAGUAAAAAGACAGUGUUUGAAUUAUUGUACGCAAGUGUUGUCAGUUGUAAAUGUUAAAGAAUGGUUCUUUGUAAUGAAGUGUUGGCUUUAAUCUUAAAUUAAGACUGAUUUAUUUUGAUUGCAAAUGUUUGUUAGGAAGAAUGAUAAUACUUAACAAUGACCUUGAUUUUUGUAGCAUUAUAACUUCUUUGAAAUAAAUGAUUGUUUAAAAUUUUUAAAAUGCAAAAUAUGAGUAUGUUUGUCAGUGUGUGCCUUUGUUGAUCAUGUUGAAAAAUAGCCAACUUAUUCAUUGGUUACAAAUUGUAGAUUCAAGUUUUUAAAUUGAAUUUGUUGAUUCUUAAACAUAAACCCUUUCA